UUUUCUCUUGGCCCUGUCGGGCAGUUUCCUCAGGACCCAGCAGUGUCUUCUGUCCACUUCUCUGGGCCACUCCCCACCCCACCCCCCCACCUAGCGCCCCUAACUCAGGAUUUGGUGCCUAGGGGGCCCUCCCUACCCCAGCUAGCCUCCUCUGGACCAGGAGAGCAGACCCAGAUCCUCCUACCUCCAUGAGCACUACAGACAGGAUGGGGGCCAGAGCAAUGCCCAGGCUGCGGCUGGCACUGCUGUUCCUGCUGGUGCUAGGGGCCCCCAAGUCAGGGGUCCAGGGGGAGGAAGGUCUGGACUUCCCCGAGUACGACGGCGUGGACCGAGUGAUCAAUGUCAAUGCAAAGAACUACAAGAACGUGUUCAAGAAGUAUGAGGUGCUGGCCCUCCUCUACCAUGACCCCCCUGAGGAUGACAAAGCCUCACAAAGACAAUUUGAGAUGGAAGAGCUGAUCCUGGAGUUAGCAGCCCAAGUCCUAGAAGACAAGGGUGUUGGCUUCGGCCUGGUGGACUCUGAGAAGGAUGCAGCUGUGGCCAAGAAACUAGGUCUAACCGAAGAGGACAGCGUUUAUGUGUUCAAGGGAGAUGAAGUCAUUGAGUAUGAUGGCGAGUUUUCUGCGGACACCUUGGUGGAGUUUCUGCUUGAUGUCCUUGAGGACCCUGUGGAACUGAUUGAGGGUGAACGAGAGCUGCAGGCAUUUGAGAAUAUUGAGGAUGAGAUCAAACUUAUUGGCUACUUCAAGAGCAAAGAUUCAGAGCAUUACAAAGCCUAUGAGGAUGCAGCUGAAGAAUUUCAUCCCUACAUCCCCUUCUUUGCUACCUUUGACAGCAAGGUGGCCAAGAAAUUGACCUUGAAGCUGAAUGAGAUUGAUUUCUAUGAGGCCUUCAUGGAUGAGCCUGUGACUAUCCCAGACAAACCCAACAGCGAAGAGGAGAUUGUCAACUUUGUGGAAGAGCACAGGAGGUCAACCCUGAGGAAACUGAAGCCUGAGAGUAUGUAUGAGACCUGGGAGGAUGAUCUGGACGGAAUCCACAUUGUGGCCUUUGCAGAGGAAGCCGAUCCUGAUGGUUAUGAGUUCUUAGAGACUCUCAAGUCUGUGGCCCAAGAUAACACUGAAAACCCCGAUCUGAGCAUUAUCUGGAUUGACCCUGAUGACUUCCCCCUGUUGGUGCCAUACUGGGAGAAGACAUUUGACAUUGACUUGUCAGCCCCACAAAUAGGAGUCGUCAAUGUUACUGAUGCGGAUAGCAUAUGGAUGGAGAUGGAUGACGAAGAGGACCUGCCUUCUGCUGAGGAGCUGGAGGACUGGCUGGAGGAUGUGCUGGAGGGCGAGAUCAACACAGAGGAUGACGACGAUGAUGACGACGACGAUGACGACGAUGACGAUGACGAUGACUAGUUGCUAUGACAACUAUUUCCCAGCCCCACCUGCUCUCUUGCUAUAUCCUCCUGCCUUCGCUGUGCUCCUCCAGGGACACUAGGUCAUUCUCUACCAUAAGGCCAACUGGGUCUGUAUGUUGGGUGCUGAUACUCUGGUUCCCCUCAACUGAUGAGGAAAGGAGCUAUUUCUCUAGAUACCAGUUCAACUCUCUCACCUUACUUCUGUUUCUUAUCCCCUAACUUACUUGUGUUUAUUUUUUUUCUCUCAUAGCUCCUCACUUUUGUUUUUCCUCUUGCCAUUCAUUAUCUAGGGGCCCCCAUCUCUCUUGUUCCUUCCAUCUAGGCACACAGUCUUUCUUCAUUCUCUCAAAUCCUGCAUCCUUCUGUCUUGUCUCUGGUCAGGAGGAAGGGAGGUACUGUGGGGCUGUAUCUCAGCCAUCUCUUGUUAAUGUAUUUGGGUCAAAUGCAAGGCCUCAAUAAAGAGAUCUGGGACAGAAUGA